GAGAGCACCGUGCACGUGCACAGCUCUUUUGCGUGGCCGCGCUCCCCUCACAGUGAACCCGCACGACAGCGCGUUACCUAUUGGUUGUGUACAGACCAUGGUACAGACAUGGCCGCUCUCAGUAAAAUACCGCACAGCUGCUACGAGAUCGGUCAUACUUGGAACCCUUCGUGUGUGCAGUCAGCUGUGGAUGUAGCCAGGGGUGCUCUGGAGGUCUCCUUCAAAAUAUACGCCCCUCUUUACCUGAUAGCAGCAGUUCUAAGGAGAAGGAAGAAGGAUUACUAUUUAAAAAAGCUUCUCCCAGAGAUCCUGUGGUCUACUUCUUUCCUCGCUACCAAUGGAAGUCUCUACAUUGUUUUCUUCUGCAUUCUCAGGAAACUGUUUGGAGGGUUCUACUCCUGGUCUGCUGGGUUUGGCUCAGCUCUGCCUGCCUCCUAUAUUGCCAUCCUCCUGGAGCGCAAGAGCAGGAGAGGGCUGCUGACAAUAUACAUGGCAAAUCUUGCCACUGAGACUUUGUUCCGUAUGGCAGUGACACGAGGCAUCAUCAAACCCAUCACACACGGCGAGGUGCUCUUGUUCUGCAUAACCGCAUCGCUCUUCACGUUCUUCUUCAGGAGUAAAGAUGGUCUCAAAGGCUUUGCAUUCUCUGCAUUAAAGUUCAUCAUCGGAAAAGAAGAGAUUCCAACUCACUCUGUCGUGGCAGAACAGAUCUGCACGAGACCCCUUGAGAGGACAGCUGCUACAGAGACAGAGGAUUCGCAGGCGUCGGCAGAAGGGCCCAGCUCCAGUAGGAAAACUCUGGUAGCCCACACAAGGGAACUGCUAGAGUCAAUAUGCAAAAAGGGUCCAAGGCACAGAUGUUGUAAACAUUACCAAGACAACUGCAUUUCCUACUGUGUGAAAGGUUUUGUCAGGAUGUUCAGUGUUGGCUACCUGAUUCAGUGUUGUCUUAAAGUGCCUUCAGCAUUCAGGCACAUGUUUACGAAACCCUCACGGCUCCCCUCCCUCUUCUACAACAAGGAGAACUUCCAACUCGGGGCCUUUCUUGGAUCUUUUGUCAGUAUCUACAAGGGAACAAGCUGCUUGCUGCGCUGGCUGCGCAACAUUGAUGAUGAACUCCAUGCACUGAUAGCUGGCUUCCUGGCUGGUAUUUCGAUGUUCUUCUACAAAAGCACGACCAUAUCCAUGUAUCUCUUCUCUAAGCUGGUGGAGACCAUAUACUUCAAAGGCAUUGAGGCCGGACGGUUCCCUUACUUUCCUCAUGCAGACACGGUCAUAUAUGCCAUCUCCACUGCUAUCUGUUUCCAAGCUGCUGUGAUGGAAGUGCAGAACCUCAGGCCUACUUACUGGAAGUUCCUUCUGCGUUUAACUAAGGGCAGGUUUGCUCUGAUGAACCGACAGUUGCUCGAUGUUUUUGGGACUCAAGCCUCCAGGGACUUUAAAGGCUUUGUGCCCAAACUAGACCCUCGUUACACCACGGUGCUACCACCAGGAGUCGACAUCCAACUCGUUUGACUUGGGACCAGGCUGUGGGAGGGGCUUUUAGGGUUACCUCAACAAGAAAUGGACAGUUUGGCUGUUAUUUCUGAAUAACUUAAGGAUUUGUUAGAGAUGUUAUAACAGCUCAGAAGUGUUGAUGUCGUGUUAUGAGAUGGGAUAAAGCCCGAGAUCUGUCCAAAGCAGGGCAUCGUGAGUGUCAAGUUUGGUGCUGCACAAGCACAUUCACUGACUGGGAUUGUAUGAAAACAGGUAACUUGUAAAAUAAAUGAAACACAUUUUACAUAUAUUAAUAGAAGUUUUAAUGAAACCUUUAACAGCACACUAUAAGACUAAUGAGAAGAAAGCCAUCUAAAUGAUUUAUAUAUGUUUUGUCAAAUUGACCAUUUGCAUUUGGCUGGGUGACAUUAACCUGUUCUGUAAGGUAUGGGUGGGAGUAGUAAAGCAGAUCACCUUAUAGGGUUAGUUCACUCAAGUCACGAAUAGACCCAAAAAUUAGUUUAUUGGAAAAUAAAAAUGAUUUCACUUUCAUUCAUUUUAUCCUUAAUUGUACAGUUUCUUAAUUUUGCAAGUUACCUGUAGGUUUGUACUGACUGAACUCAGUUUGGUUAUUUGGUUGCUUUCAUGACAGAGGGUGAAACUCACUAACUUUUUGAAAUAGGCACGGUGAUACCUGAUUUUGAAUCUGAUUUAAAAGGACAAAUAAUUUUUGAUCAUUACUCCCUGAUCAUUUCUGAAUGUGUUCUUUUUAAUUGGGUACAACUGAUGAUAUAUGUAAUUAUGUAGCCUUAUUAAAUAUUGUAUUGACAAUGGGAGAUGCAUUUAGUUUGUGGUCUAUUAUGUGAAACACAGAGGUGGAAAGUCACCAUUUUGAACCAGUUACAUUUAUUUUAGUUGAUUUUUUAUGCAAUUCCAAAUCUCAUACUAGUUUUUUUGUUUUUAAAACUACACUUGACAAUAAUGAUUGCAAUGGAGUGAGCCCCCAUAUAGAUAAUGCAUUAAAGGAAGCAGCAAGGACCAUGGCGAAUUUGGAAAUUACUUUUGUGGAGAAGAUGAUGAAACAUGAAAAAAUUGUUUAGUAUAUCAGUUUACAAGAUAAUUUACUGUUUAUUAAGUGGUAAAAAUACCAAUAAUGCUACAUUGAAGGCAUAAAUCAGGAGUAAAUGGCUAAGGAAACAUUUGUUUACUAGGAAAUCACACUGAGACUAUGUUUACUUACACAAGAAAUCAGGUUAUUGGGUGUAAUAAACUCAUUUAGACUUAAUUGAGUUUAGGAGUAUGACUUUAAAUAUUUUGGUUAUGUUGAUGUACAGCUACAAGUAAUGAUUCAUUACUUCCACCACCCUGCUGUCACAGUGAUACUUCACUAGUCCUUAAAGUCUGGCACAUGGUUGCAAUCAGAUACCCGGUGUAUCUUCCACCUCUGGUUUUAGCAAAAUACAUAUGUGCCCCUUUAUUUAAUGCAGAAACUGUUUAAAUGUCAUAAAGGGUUUGAUCAGAGAAUGGGCUUCUAAGUUUAGAAACUGCCUUUAGUUUACAAAUGUAUUUACAUGAGCCAAGACUUUGUAAUAUGAUGAAUUGUGAUGCAAGGGAGAAAUUUUCAGAUCCAUAUAAUUCUAAGUCUGCUUUCAAUAACCAUUUGCAAAUUAUUCAAAGUUCUGAACCACAAAAUAUAUUGCUCAAAAAGUCAUUGCCACAGUCAACCUGAUCCAUCUUUUUUAUUUUAUUCUCUGGAGGUUUUUGGGUUAGAAAAGACUGAUCUAUAUGAAAAUAAGUAAUAUUUACUAAUACAGGCCAAACCCAGUUCAAAUGAAUUAUUUGGUUUCACAUGAGCUCAUAAAAUAAAAUAAAAAACUAUGUUUGCUGUUUGCAUUUAUUUAAUACUCACUGUCAGUUCCAAGGUGAACCCUAUUGAUUGAAACAUUGCGUGCUGAGGAAUUUGGUGCCACAUCAAAGCAUUUGCCUGAAGGCGACAAAGAAUCUGUUUAUGUCAAUAAAAAGCACACCGCUCAA